AUGCAUUCUUCCCUCGUUCGCCUCCAGAAUGUCUUUGGCUUCUUCACGACGGUUGUGACGGUUAUCGCCUGUCUGAUUGCCGUGACAGAUCUGCUGCAUGCGCGCACACCAAGUGCGACCGUGCGGCCAGCCGGUCUGCAAGUAGUCCGCGGCCGUCCGCACUACUACAGCAAGAAGAAGGAGGAGUACGCCGUCGUGCGCUUCCACCUGGACGCCGACCUGUCGUCGCUCUUCACUUGGAACACGAAGCAGGUCUUUGUCUAUGUCACGGCCGAAUGGGGCGAUGAGCACGCCAACGCCACCGAGGCCACCAACACCGCCGUCAUCUGGGACAAGAUCAUCACGAGCCCCAGCUCCGACCACCUGGCCAACAUUGGUCCCGUCGCGAUGCGCAAACUGCGCAAGAGCUCCGAGGGCAAGGCCAUCGACCCGAGCCGCGGCAUUCUGCACCUCAAGAACCAGAAGCCCAAGUACCAGAUCACGCACCCCAGCGGCAAGAUCGCCGAGACCGAGCAGGUGCGCCUGCGCGUGCACUACAACGUGCAACCUUGGGUCGGCAUGCUCUCGUGGAACCAGUACAGCGGCGACGGAAGCAUCAGCAGCUGGCUCCUUCCGCAGCGCGGCGGCGCCGGUUCGCCGCUGUGGCAGCCGCUGGCCGGUGGUGAGAGCAAGGCGUUUGAGCUGCCGGCCGUCGGCGCCAGCGGCAGCGCAAGCAAGAAGGCCAAGGCGGCCGAGAGUUCGGUGUAG